AUGGAUGGUGCCACGGGUACCACGCUCUUCGAGCUGGACGUGAUUCACAUCUGCUCAGUCAAUUUCCAGUCCAAAUCCAUAAACGCUGGUUCUCCGGUUGGUGCCCAGAUCACAAGAGACGAGACUAAGAUAGGAUCCUUCGAUGCCAGCGUUUCCAACACUUUUGUGCACGAGUUUACCCAUUGGCAUGGCUCCGCGAAUAGUGGGGAUGGGACUGAAAGGACAGUAACCCUCAUUCACCAACAGAGUCUUAACAAAGACGGAAAGUGGGUGUACAAGGAAAAGGACGGCCAGAGUGUAUACAGGAGUCGCAAGCACUCUGAGAAAACCCGAAAGAAGAAUAAGCUUAUUGAGGACGUGACUUGUAAGUUCCGCGUGGCGGUGUUUGGGGAUAUACAAGAUUGGACUAACCAUCUGACAACAAUAGAUGGAUACAAGGACGUUUCUAACCUAGCCAAGACACACGACAACGGUAACGGUGGACCUGAAUACGCCACAGAGACAGCCAAAGCAUAUGCCUUCUUUGCUAUGAUGUCAAUAAUGGAUGGAGCUGACUGGGCUAAAGACGGCAUAGCAAGGAAGGUGUUCUACAAGAAGGCUCCAUCGAUGCCUGUGAAGCUCCGGGUCUAG